AUGGCCGGUGUCGUAAGACAGCCUAUCGAUGUGCAAUCGCUGGAGCGAUACAUCGCCCAAAAUGUCCCUCAGAUCAAGGUUCCCAUCGAUGUGAAGCAAUUCGGCUUUGGGCAAUCGAAUCCCACAUACCAACUGACAGGCAGCGAUGGAAUGAAGUAUGUGAUGCGCAAGAAGCCCCCGGGAAAGCUGGUUUCGAAAACCGCCCAUCAAGUUGAACGGGAAUACAGGGUCAUCCACGCUUUGGAGAAGACCGACGUCCCAGUCCCCAUUGCGUACUGUCUCUGCGAAGAUGACGGUAUCGUCGGAACGCCCUUUUAUAUAAUGGAGUUCCUGGAUGGGAGAAUUAUCGAGGAUCCGACUAUGCCCGAUGUGACGCCUGUUGAUAGGAGUGAGAUGUGGCAUGACGUGGUGCGAACAUUGGCAAAACUACAUCGCAUCAACCCCAAGGAUAUCGGACUUGAGGACUUUGGGAAGCCAUCUGGUUUCUACGAUCGCCAAAUCAAAACAUUCGGCACUAUAAGUAAAGCACAGGCAGCAGCGAGGGAUGUCGAGACAGACGAACCCGUCGGGCAAAUACCACAUAUCGAGGAUAUCCUGGAUUUCUUCAAGGACAAGAGGUCCCAACCGAAAGACAGAGGGAACCCAAUUCAUGGAGACUACAAGAUCGACAACCUGGUAUUCCACAAGACCGAGCCCCGAGUCAUUGGGAUUCUAGACUGGGAAAUGUCCACAAUCGGCCACCCAUUGUCCGAUCUCAUCAACCUCAUCACACCUUACUACCUGAGAGACCAACCCCUCCACAGCCCGACCCCUUCUUUCAAGGAAGGUGCUACCGCAGGUCUUCCCACCGAACAGGAUCUUGUGCGAUGGUACGCCGAGGUCGCCGGCUGGGACCCAACACCUGACUUGCCAUGGGGAGUCUCCUUUGGAUUUUUCAGAACAACUUGUAUUCUCCAGGGUAUAGCAGCUCGCUAUGCUGUUAGACAGGCGAGUAGUGCGAAGGCGAAGCUACAUGGAUUGGCCAGGCACUCGAUGGGUGAGCUGGCUUGGAAGUAUGUACAAAGGGCGAAGAAGGAUUCGAUGGAUAGGGCGAAGUUGUAG